AUGGAUAAGUUAGUCUCAGCUCAGGCUAACUAUCAGAGAAUAACACUGGAGUUUGAUGGGGUCUUGAGCUGGUAUUAUCACCCGAAAUCCUUUGCAGCCAACAAAGGUGUCAGUUGGUCCAAUGUUAAGUCACUCCCUGAUAACAUAUGCACAACACUUGCCGGAGUACUUGACACCGGAGUUUGUGGAUACAACAGCAUUUGCAGCCUUGGGGAUGGGGACCGGAGGCCAAAAUGUAAAUGCCCACCACAAUAUUCUCUGUUGGAUCCCAAUAAUAGAUUUGGCAACUGCAAACCGAACUUCGAGCAAGAGAACUGUGAUGAGUUUGGCCAGGGUGCCAUAAAAGAUGAAUAUACGCUAGUUCAGCUUGAUAAUGUUGAUUGGCCAUUAGCAGACUAUCAACAGCUUGAGCCUUACAGUAAAGAAGAAUGCCAGAGUUCUUGUCUAAAUGAUUGUUAUUGUGCUGUUGCCAUUUUCAAUGAACAAGAUCAAACUUGUUGGAAGAAGAAGCUGCCACUCACCCAUGGAAGAGAAGAUCAAGGAGUAAAUAGGAUAGCUUUUGUAAAGGUCAGGACUAAUGACGGCAAAUUAACAGUAGGCCAAUCUCUCAGAGCCACCGGCAAUGGUUCUUCAAUUCUUUCCCCUUCGGGUGAUUUUGCCUUCGGCUUUCAUCAAUUUCCUAGCAACAAUGAUCUAUUCUUGCUUGCCAUCUGGUACGAUAAGAUUCCUGACACCAUAGUUUGGUAUGCAAAUGACGGUAACCCCGUUAGCCAGGGAUCGUCAGUAAAAAUAACUGCCAAUGAGGGUCUAGUCCUUAGUGACCCUCAAGGAACUUCUCUAUGGAAUACCACUGAUGCAAAAAAAAGCGGGGAAGCAGUUAAUUAUGGUUUUAUGAAUGAUACCGGAAAUUUUGUGCUCAAUAGUGAAACUGACAAUGUAGUUUGGCAGAGUUUUGACAAUCCUACCGAUACUCUGCUCCCUACCCAGAUUUUGCAAGCGGGAGGCCAGCUUCAUUCUCGACGAUCAGAAACCAAUUUUACUCAAGGGAGGUUCCAACUUCACUUACAAAGUGAUGGAAACCUAGUCCUAAAUACAAGGGACCUAGCAACAGGUAAUGCCUAUGAUCCUUACUAUGCUAGUCACACUGAUGCAGAUGGAAAUCCAGAAAGUGCUGGUGACAGAGUGAUUUACGACAAGUCAGGGGAUUUGUACAUACUAUUAAAAAAUCGUUCAAGGGUUGAUCUCACACCAGCAGAUAAGUUAGUCUCAGCUCAGACUAACUAUCAGAGAGUAACACUGGAGUUUGAUGGGGUCUUGAGCUGGUAUUAUCACCCGAAAUCCUUUGCAGCCAACAAAGGUGUCAGUUGGUCCAAUGUUAAGUCACUCCCUGAUAACAUAUGCACAACACUUUCCGGAGUACUUGACACUGGAGCUUGCGGAUAUAACAGCAUUUGCAGCCUUGGUGACGGGGAUCAGAGGCCAAAAUGUCGAUGCCCACCAAAUUACUCUCUUCUGGAUCCCAAUGAUACAUAUGGCAGCUGCAAGCCAGAUUUCAAGCAAGACAAUUGUGAUGAGUAUGGCAAGGGUGCCAUCAAGGAUGAAUAUACGCUAGUUCGGCUUGUAAAUAUUGAUUGGCCGUUAGCAGACUAUGCACAGCUUAAGCCUUGCAGUAAAGAAGAAUGCCAGAGUAAUUGUCUAAAUGAUUGUUUUUGUGCUGUUGCCAUUUUCAAUGAACAAGAUCAAACUUGUUUGAAGAAGAAGCUGCCACUCACCCAUGGAAGAGAAGAUAGCGGAGUACAUAGAAUAGGUUGGCUUAAGGUGGGGAAUGGCAAUGGUUCCAACGACCCAAUCAACCCUAUUCAUCAAAAUAAAGUAAUAUACAAGAAGAAUGCUGUAUUCACUGCACUGUUUGGCAGUUCUGUAUGCAUAAAUUUCCUUCUGCUAAGCGCUAUAGUUUUGGGAGUUUACCUCAUGUAUAACAAGAAGAAUCCUAGGUUGCUUGACGAGCAUCAUAGGAAUAAAACUCUUAGUGAAUACAGUAGCGUUCAUUGCUUCAGCUACAAAGAGCUUGAAGAUGCAACAGAUGGGUUCAAAGAAGAGAUAGGACGAGGAGCUUUUGGCACAGUAUACAAAGGGAAGAUCGGAGCAGGAAAUUCUCCUAUUACAGUUGCUGUUAAAAAGUUAGAUCGAAUAUCUAAGGAGUCUGAUAAGGAAUUUAAAGCUGAAGUGAAUGUGAUUGGUCAGACUCAUCACAAGAAUCUAGUUCGAUUUAUAAAAUUCUGCAAGGAAGAAGACCAUCGAUUACUGGUAUAUGAAUAUAUGAGUAAUUGUACCGUGGCAGAUUAUCUUUUUGGUAAUUUGAGGCCAAGCUGGACAGCAAGGAUGCAAAUUGUGCAAGGAAUCGCCAAGGGGCUCUUGUAUUUGCACGAGGAAUGCAGCACACAGAUAAUCCACUGUGAUAUAAAGCCGCAGAAUAUACUUCUUGAUGAUUACUAUCACGCCCGCAUUUCUGACUUUGGAUUGGCGAAGCUUUUGGUUUUAAACCAGAGCUACACAAAUACAGCAGUCCGGGGAACAAAAGGAUACCUUGCCCCUGAAUGGUUCAGAAACAAGCCAGUUACAGUAAAGGUGGAUGUGUACAGCUUUGGGGUGUUGUUGUUAGAAACCAUAUGCUGUCGAAGAAGCGUGUGCAUGGAUAUCAGUGGGGAGGGAGCUAUUCUGACAGAUUGGGCAUUUGAUUGCUAUCAAUCUAACACAUUAGAUGCACUUGUAAAUGAUGACAUAGAAGCACUUCAUGACAAGCUAAAUCUAGAGAGGUACAUAAUGGUUGCCCUUUGGUGUAUCCGGGAAGACCCAAGCCUCCGACCUACAAUGAAAAGGGUUAUACAGAUGCUUGAGGGUGUUGCCGAAGUAGCUAGGCCACCAUGUCCUACCUCAUUUACUGUUACCACUCAACCUUAA